CGUGACGUUUGACGCACGCUUGCUGAGGAGCGCGGCAAAACACGACCAAGGCACUACAGGCAAAAGUAGAGUGGAAGUUUCCAAUAUUCAUAAAGUAUUUGAAACAUAUUGGAGCCUAAUUCACAGUUAAGGACACAUGGCUUCAACCAGUAGAGCGUCUUUACAAACCAGAAAUCUACCAUGGGUUGAAAAAUACAGACCAGAGAAACUUGAUGAUCUGAUCUCACACAGAGAUAUUCUAACCACCAUCCAGAGGUUUAUCAGUGAGGAAAAGCUUCCCCAUCUCUUGUUCUAUGGCCCCCCUGGUACAGGCAAAACCUCCACCAUCCUCGCCUGUGCAAGACAGUUGUACAAGGAAAAAGAGUUCAACUCCAUGGUGCUAGAGCUAAAUGCAUCAGAUGACAGAGGUAUCGAUGUUGUACGAGGUCCAAUCCUGAGUUUUGCCAGCACCAGAACCAUCUUCAAGAAGGGCUUCAAGUUGGUGAUACUGGACGAGGCCGAUGCCAUGACCCAAGAUGCCCAGAAUGCAUUGCGGCGAGUGAUUGAGAAGUUUACAGAAAACACACGGUUUUGUCUCAUCUGUAACUACCUGUCCAAGAUCAUCCCGGCCCUGCAGUCUCGCUGCACCAGGUUUCGCUUCGGCCCGCUGUCGCCAGACCAGAUGAUCCCUCGGCUGGAGCAUGUGAUCAAGCAGGAGAAUAUCGACGUGUCACAGGAUGGAAUGAAGGCCAUCGUGACCCUAUCGUCAGGUGAUAUGAGAAGAUCGCUCAACAUUCUGCAGAGCACCAGCAUGGCGUAUGGAAAGGUGACAGAGGACACAGUGUACACCUGCACGGGUCACCCCCUCCGUUCAGAUAUAGCCAACAUCCUCGACUGGUCCCUCAACAAAGACUUCACCGCAGCGUAUAAGCAAAUCCUUCAGCUGAAGACGUUGAAAGGUUUGGCCCUGCACGAUAUCCUCACUGAGGUUCAUCUGCUCAUACACAGAGUGGACUUUCCUCCAGCGAUUCGAAUCGGCAUGCUCAUCAAGCUGGCUGAUAUUGAACACAGGCUCGCCUCAGGCACCGAUGAGAAGAUCCAGCUGAGCUCCAUGGUCGCAGCCUUCCAGGCGGUCAGAGACCUGGUGGUCAGCGAGGCCUCAUAGAUACAGAAAUCCAAAUUCUGUUUUUUGAGUGCAGACAGCUCAAACUUUCUCAAUAAUUCCUCUAUGGCUACCAUUAGUUUAAAAAAAAGUCCCUCAAUGAAAUCACAGCCACACCAAGAUUUCAAACGAUAUUGACUUUGUUUUGUUAUCUCCUUCUUUGCCACCUUGAUGUCUUAGUCGCUGCAACAAUAAACUUUAAAUAGCUGGCAAGAACUCCAGCUGUGUCUCAGAUUUAUGGAAGUGUUUGUAAGGUUUACUAUUAUUUCAAUUCCUGUGGCUUGCAACAAUGCCAUGAAAAGCUAAGCGCUAAUAGGUGGAUGUUUUCUUUUCAACCAAACACAUGAUUUCAUUGUUUUGUACGCUUUCAUGAUGGGUCAGUUAGUGAAAUAUCUUCUGGAGUUUGCUGAUUUAGAAAUGAAAAAAAAAAA